AUGGAUUCAGAAACAAUCAACACAUCAGUAAAUGGAGAGAUGGACUAUUCAGAUUUAAGAGCAAAGUUACUUCAAAAUAAGGACAAACCAGCUAUUAUAAAUGUCACAAUUGGAACUAUGUUCAAAGGAGCUAUUGAUGAUGUUGAUGUUAUUCUUGAAACACUCAAAGAAUGUGGCUAUUCACAAGAUCGAUUUUACAUCCACUGUGAUGCAGCACUAUGUGGUCUUAUGACCCCUUUUGUAAACAAUAUGAUUAGUUUCAACAAUCCAAUUGGAAGUGUCACAAUUUCUAGUCACAAGCUCUUAGGAUGCCCAAUGCCUUGUGGUGUCCAAAUAACAAGAAAAAGUCCUAAUUCACGUGAAACCAUAAGUAGUUGUACUAUGCGAAGAUAUUUACCUGGAGAUGGAGGCGUUGUGCUACUGCUGAGGCGCUGCAACUGGCGGCGGCUGGCGAGCUGGCGGCGGCAGGCGAGCUGGUGGCGCGAGACCUGGCGGCGGAGCGAGAAGGUUGACAGAGAGCGAGGGUCGACAGAGAUAGCGAGGGUCGACAGAGAUAGCAAUGCGAGAGGGUUGACAGAGAGAGAGAAAGAGAGAGGCGGUCGACGACGAGAAAGAGAGAGGCGGUCGACGAUCGACGACGAGAAAGAGAGAGGCGGUCGACGAUCGACGACGAGAAAGAGAGAGGCGCGCCGUCGACGAGGUCAGUGA